AGCGCUAGUGAUUACAAGCUUGCGGCUAAAUUCACAUGAUAUCACACACAUACAUACAAGCGAGGUUCGCAACAACUGUUAACUUAUCGUCGUAGAGUCACAUCGACAUUGUUAGAUUAACUAAUAACUCGAUCAGCAGAAUAGCCAACAGCAAAAUUUUUAGCUUUACCGUUCUUAGCAUAUUGGCGCCAUCCUGAAGGGGGUACGCGAAGCAGGGUACCAUUAAUUCGGUAGACAAGCACCAACAUAUAUUUCCUCCCUGUUCGUUCGCUUAUAGAAUACCCAGCUUCAUACGUCGUCUUCAGGAUGGCGCUGAUAUGUUAAGAACGGCAUAGUUAAAAGUUCUGCUGUUGGCCACUCUGCUGAUCGAGUUAAUAGUUGAUUAAAGUUAAUCGAAGUUUGUCGAAGUGGCCCUUAGAGGAUACCACAACACGUAUUAAAAUCAGCGUUAUCCUCGCUGUGCGAGGUCAAUUUUUCGCGAUGGCCUCAACUUCUAACAGCUCAGUUCAAUCACUGAUGAACAAGGGCAAACGUGAUGCAGCUGCUUAUAUUCAUGCAGAAUGUAGCAAAUUACCCCUUGACAGUGGCUGCCCAGAACCUCUUACUGAACUAUUGGAUGUUCUUUUAAAUCCUAGUAAAGCGAUCGACGACUGGGAGACCAUUGACUGGUGUAAGUGGUUAAUGGCUGGUGGUCGUACGCCAGAUGAAUUUUCCAACACAGUAAGAAUGUAUGACAAUGCUACAACAUGUGGACUAGUUUGGACACCAAAUUUUGUAGCUUACCGUUGUCGUACUUGUGGUAUAUCACCAUGCAUGUCUUUAUGUACUGAAUGCUUUAAAAAGGGCAAUCAUUAUAGCCAUGACUUCAACAUGUUUCUCAGCCAAGCAGGAGGUGCAUGCGAUUGCGGUGAUGCAUCUGUUAUGAAAGAAAUAGGAUUUUGUGAUAGACACGGCCCAAAAGCUGCUGUAGAUAAGUCGACUGCACCUUCAGAUUUGAUGUGUGUAGCAGAAGUAAUGAUGCCUAGAAUAAUUCUUCGACUUAUUCAACAUUUACGCGAAAAUUGUAAAGCAGGUGGCUCAGACUUUAGGGUUGUUAUCCAAAAUGCAGACGGAUAUUUAACCAUGCUUCUUGAUUUAAAUAAGAUGGGUGCAUUGAUGAGGCAUGUCAUGACAUCGGCGCUUACAAAUCCACAGAAGUAUAGACGCCUUAUGGAUCCUACUAUUUCAACUGGACAGCCAGAGUAUGAUAGUUAUUGUCAGGAUAGCAAUCAAAUAUAUCAAGAUGCAAUGAAAUCUUUACCAAAUCCAGAACCACCCGAUGAAUAUAAAGGUAAAGAAUGUGCAUCGUUACAAGAGAACUUAGAACAUACUACUUUCCUAGAAGAAUUAAUGUUCUGGACAGUUGCUUAUGAAUUUCCACAAAAAUUAGUUUGCCUACUGUUAAAUAUGUUACCAGAUCCAGAUUAUAAAGAAGCACUUACUCGUGCAUUCGUAUUGCAUUAUAGUAGAAUUUCAAUGAUGCUUGAACGUUCACCAGAUCCUGAUACUUUGAGUAAUAAAAUAGUUCAUGUCAGUGUACAGCUAUUUAGUAACGAAAGUCUAGCGCUAAGAAUGGUGGAUCAAUUAAAAUUGCUUCACGUCAUGGUUAUUGCAUUAAAGUACAUGAUGAGUAAGAUAUUAAUUCAGAAUACUUUACAUGAUCCAGAUAAAAAUUUUCACUAUGUAGUAGACUGUGAACGACAAGUGAUGAAGGAACAUUGUUAUUGGCCAAUUGUAUCAGACUUAAAUAAUGUUCUUUCGCAUAAGCCUAUAGCUGUUAGGUUUAUGAGCGAUGAUACACUUCUAGAAAUGUGGUUUGACUUCCUGUCUAUGUUUCAAGGAAUGAAUGUGAAUCAGCGAGAACUAAGCCAACACGUUGAGUACGAGUCUAACACAUACUAUGCGGCGUUCAGUGCCGAGUUAGAGGCUAGUGCAUAUCCGAUGUGGGCUUUAGUCUCCCAUUUGCGUGGACCUGAAAGUGCAACUUUCACUCGUCGGGUUCUUACAUUUUGUCUCACGGCGUUACAAGAUUGGUUAGAUGCUAUAAAUUUCACUCAUCCAAAUGUGAAUGAUAGUUUACAAGUGUCGUUUCAUCUUCCACUUCAUCGGUACUUCGCUGUUUUUAUGUGUCAAGCAGUGCGUCAACAAGGGGCUGUACUUAACGAUUUAUUACCACCAACCGAUAUGUUACACCUUCUGAUGAUGCAUCCUUUGCGAGUUCAGGUGGCCUUCUAUGAAAUUGUAAAUGGACUGUGGGUGCGAAAUGGGUUGCAAAUAAAGGGUCAGAUAAUGACAUAUAUACAGUGUAAUUUUUGUAAUUCUAUGGUAGAUGCAGAUCUUUAUCUUCUACAAGUCUGUGCAACCAAGUUACAACCAGACAUCUUUCUAAAAACAGUCAUUGAAAAGUUUCACAUUAAGGAAGAAAUGAGCCUUUGUUUAUACAGAACAUCUCAAAGUGAAUACUUAGAUGCAGACCAUGAGACACCUAUGCUAGAAAGUUGUUUGACAUUCUUAGCUACAUUGGUUAAUGUUAGAACAAAUCUAGGUUUAUCUGAUCCUGAAAUGUCUCGCUUAGAAAUGGUCACUCUAUUAUGUAUGGGCGAUAAAACUCACAGUCAGCUAAUGGAAUUAAUGCCAGAACGUUGUGGCAGUACUCAAAAUAGAGAUUUUGAAGCUGUAUUAGCUGAUGUAGCAGUAUACAGAGCACCUAAUCUUGAAGCUAGCGGAAAUAUGCAACAGGGGAUGUACGGUCCUCAACCCCGUGUUUGGGAGGAAUUAUUUGACCCGUUACAUGUCUUGCUAAGAGUAGCACAAAAAGGGGAUUUCCAGAUGUCAAUGGAUCGUUUUACCGAAUAUGUAAAGCAGUCAGGUAAAUUGAAAAAUAGCGCAACGCCAUGGCCACCAUUUAGGCACCCCGCUCCUGUUUCACCUGCCUACGAUGAUCCACGAAUUGUAUUAAGAUCUAGAGUUUUUCAUGCAAUGAUUUUAAUAAUUUUGUAUAAAGCUGUGUAUGGACAUAACAUAUCAGAACAUGUAAUGGCGCUGACUAUUUAUUUACUAGAAAUGGCAGUAGUUACUGCAGAGAUACCUGACAAAUCUUUGAAUCCUUUGUGUCAGUAUAAUAGAGAUGAAUCAUCUCGGGUAAUAAAAGAUAUGGAUUUAUCUGGUUGGUACAAGAGUGAUAAUUUGUCUGAGAACCUGAGGACAAUGAUAUCUCAAGUUAUUUUAGUCCAAGAAUCCGAGUCAAAUAGCUCAGACAGUGAAUUUGAAUGGGAAAUUCCGGGAGACAUGACUGAAGUUGGAACUUCACUCAUGUUGAAUGAUGGAACAGAUGAACUUUCUUUAGAAGUUUUGGCAUCUUUAGAUGGUAUUAUCGUGCGUAGCUCUUCUCCUAUACCUGGUUUACCACAAGCAAACGACCAGUAUCGUAUGACUAUUGUACCUGACGAUGGAAUCGUUGCUAUAUCAGAUGCUAAUAGUGAAGAUGAUUUAAUACCUCUACAAAGAGCUUUGCCACCAUCCACCGAAGAAUCCAUGGCCCUUGCCCUUGAAUCACCUCCUUUACCAAACAACAUCGGAGGACAACCUGCGUUACCACCUGCGCCUCAUCGGCCCGCUGUUAUGGCUGGUAAUGGUAAUGUAAUAAUAGCCGCUGCUCAAAGUGCGUACUCACGAUUAAGUAAUUCGAGAGUGACAACGACAGAAAUUGUACCAUCUACAUCGAAUUCUCACAAACACUUCAAAAGGAGAGAUGCACAAGGUGGCCCAUUACAACCACAAACAGUAAAAGUGGGCGAGAGUAUAAUUUCGUUGUUAUUGAAAUUACAUUCACAGCUAUCAGGUGUACCGGAUAGUUACAAUCCCGAACAAAGUGGAAUGUCAGAUAACGAAGCCAGUAGUAGUACAGCUGCAGAACCAAAAGAGUGUAGGAUCGGUGACGGACCAUUCUUUAUCGCGCAGCUACUAAAUAAAAUAGCAAAUUUAGAUCCGAUGUGUAAGGAUGCUAUAAACGAAGCUAGAAACAAAUUAUGGCCUCGUAUGCAAGAGUGUGAAUACAAGCAACGAGAGAAGGAACAUCGGGAAAGAGAGGAGAGACGAAGGCGGGCAAAAGAAAGGCAGCAAAAAUUAAUGGCUGAAUUUGCCAAUAAACGAAAACAGUUCAUGGAAAAAGCUAUGAAAACAGGAGGAAAACAAAUAUUUUCAGAUGAGGCAGGAGUAUCUAGUAUGGAUUGGGAUCAAGAAGAAAAUACAGCUAAAUUGACUAGCAAGAAGGAAUACGAUUGCGUUAUUUGCAAUCAAACUAGUCCUAGUACUGAAGAUAAACCUAUGGGUCUUGUUGUAUUGGUUCAGGCAACAAGUGUUAUUGGUCAUGAGCGACAGCAAACAGAGAGAUUACCAUUACCUACUUCCGACGAUGACCCUCCUAUACCAAAGGAUGAUACACGGGGUGCCUAUUUUGAUCGUAGAAUGGAUGAACUAAAUCGUCAUUUCGAUACUGCUUCCUGGCUGUUAUCCGUCAAUUUAGGGUGGGAAGGUGGAGUUCACGUUCAAACAUGUGGACACCAUUUACAUUUAGAUUGUUUGAAAUCAUAUUUACAAUCCCUUCGCAAUCAACAAAGGCAGCAAAGUCUAGCAGUGGAUAGCGGGGAAUAUCUAUGCCCGCUUUGUCGUCAGUUAGCAAACUCAUUUCUUCCACUUUCUCCGCAGUUAGGAGAAUGUGCAGCAGUUGUACAAUCUCGUCAUGCCUCUUCUGGCACGAUACUUUUGGAGUUAAAUAAUUUGUUGAAAGAGAUACAACGAAAUCCAAUCUCGACGAAUUUAGCCAUGGCAAUGGGCAAAGCCAUGGAGGAUAUGACGAGUUGCACAUACUUAAAGUAUAAACAAAAGAACUGUUCUCCUAGUCACCAAAGUUUGUUCCUUUUCGUAACUUCUAUAGCUCGAACUAAUUUCGAAGUUGAACUCGUUCAGCGUGGUGGAUCGUUGUGUAUCUCUCCGCCCACGACGAUACCUUUAACACCAAAACGUGAUUGCAUUGUUGCACUUCUUCAUGUUCUGGCAAUGCAUGCAAGAGUAUUGACAGUGUGGCCUGUACAUCAUACUUGGCAGCAAUUAUCUGGACUACCUACCGAACCAGCAGCUCCACUUGCGUUAACGUUACACGAGAAAGAAGUUCCUUUACUCCUCAGAGAUCCAACUGCUCUACUUAUACAGUUUAUAUUAUUACUUCCUUUGCACAUGGAUCAAACGUAUUUCUCUAGUGUGGUAAAGGUAAUCUACAACUUAUUGUACUAUCAGGUAAUAGUACAAAUAAGCUGUGGUCUCACGCAAGCACAAAGAAAUACAAUCUUAAGGAGAGAAUAUGUCGAACGCGCUCCCAUGUCUUCGGAAACUAUGCUCUACAGAAUAAUCCAAUAUUUCAACGACAGCUCGCUCUAUCGUUCGGAUGAUAUCGUAUACAAACCAUCGACAUCAUCGUCAAAUUCGUACGCAGGAAUUAAAAUGCAUAGUAUCGAGCAACAGAUACAAUCUAUGUGUUUACCAUUCCUACGAAUAGCUGCAUUGCUCCGUUAUCAUUUGUACGAAGAACCAUUGCCUUUAGUUAGGAUACCACAGACUGAAUUUGUGAGAUUAGUAUAUUAUUUGGAAUUAGUGUCGGAGGGUAUGGAUUGGAAUGUCUUUAAUUCCACGGUAGCUUUGAAUUGGCAAGAUUCAGAAGCAAGUUUCACGGUACCACGUUUAUGGUGUGACCAGUUUCUGGCUUUCUUGAAUCGAAGUGACGUAGCUAGAAAUUUGAUAAUGGAGCAACACAUAUCGUGGCAGGUACCGAAGUUACUUAGUCUUCCAAGGGAAUACGAGAAGAUUUUCACAUAUUAUCAUGAACGACAGUGCCGUCAAGGUCACUCGAUUCCCCAAGAGAUUAGUAUCUGUUUGUUAUGUGGUGCCAUUGUUUGUCUGAGACAAAACUGUUGCAAACAGAUGAAUGUAUGUGAAGUUGUUCAACAUUCAAUUGACUGCGGAGGUGGUACUGGUAUAUAUUUAGUUGUAACAUCAACUUAUAUCGUUGUAAUACGGGGUCGGCGAGUUUGUUUAUGGGGAUCUUUGUAUCUCGAUGAUUUUGAAGAGGAAGAUAGAGAUCUGAAACGCGGAAAACCAUUAUACCUAAGUCAAGAUAGAUAUCAAUUACUCGAACAACAGUGGUUAGCGCAUAGGUUUGAUCAUACGAAAAAAACAUGGGUAUGGCAUCGUGACAUACUGUGACAUUUUAAAAUGUUACAAACUAAUCACUUUGAAAUAAGUCGAAGACUUUCAGCAGGUUUAUUCUCAUACAAUGCCUCGCCAAGAAAUAACAGCGCUUUAAGAAUUAACAGAUUGCUCUAAUACUUUACGGAUAAUUAUAUUUAUUAUGAUAUAUACAAUGAGUAAGUAGACAUAAUUAUUGAAUGAAAGUAUUACAAAAAAAACACUGAGGUGAGAGCUGAACUAAAAUUGUUUAUAGUCAUAUUUCGAAAGAUUAUAUCCGAAGAAAUGUAUGUUUUGAAUUAAACACUGUACAUUUUAUUUAAGUAUAUAUAUUACGUCCUAAUUAAAACAGUACUUAUUUAGCGUAUAGUAUUUCUACUUCAGAUAUGGAAAACGAUGAAAUUUCUUAGACCAAGAUUGAUUACUAGUAAUUAGAUAAAUUAUAUCAUUGAGAACAAGUAAUAUCAUUAUUAAUAAAAUUAUUUUUCCUUUCUUUUUUCUGUUAAGGUAAAUUAAACUUAUCGUGUGCCUCUUUUUAAUAUAGAAAAAAAAAAUAAGGAAAGAAGAUUCAUUAUGUUCUAUAAUUUAUUACUACAAUUAUUUUGUUGAUUAUUAUGAACCUCAUUUUGAAACUUUUUUUUCUAUUCAAUUUUUUCAGAAAUAGAACAUUACUAUUUUAUUUUACCUAUUAUAACUUGAAUACUAUAGAGCAUUAUUUGUGAACAUGAAAAAAUUAAAGACUGAUGUCUUUAUCAUAAGAUUUCUGCUUCUGAAUGAAUUUAAUAUUGUACUGAACUCAAUUAUAAAUCUCUAUGUAAUUUAUUGCAACUCGUAACACGUUUUAUUUUAUCUAGUUUUCAACUGUACAUGCAAAAGAGAAAGGUGUAUUAUGUAUGGAUUUAUAAUUACAAGGUGAAGGGAAAAUUUCCACGUAUACGUUAAAUUGGCAAUGAUGUCUAUUCUAUUCUAAUAUAAAGAGCAAUUUUGUACAGCGAUAUUUUUAACCGUCUCGAAGAUGACAUAAAAAUUAUGUUGGAAAUAUAAAAUUAACGUAUGUUUUUAUUAUCAAAAAUCCAGAGUCAGCAGUGUAGUAAUAAGUGAGAUUGUUAUUAACACCACAUGAAUGUUAUUGUAAAAUUGUUUUCUUGAAGAAAUAGUUUUUUGUUCCAACUUAAUGAUGCGAACUCUUUGCAACAGUUUGUGAGAAACUGUAGUAAAUUAUUCGCUGAUUAACGAACUCGUAAUUCAGACAAUAUUUGAUGCAUUAUUUUUUUGUAUGCAUAUUAUGGGCUGUGUAUAUGAACCUAUAAAACUCAUUUUAUUAAACGAAAUAUUUAUCUAAUCGCUGAUUUCUUUUUGCACCAGUGUAUAACAGUUAAUUAAGAAAUUUAACUGUGGCAAUUGUAUUGUUAUUGUUUCUGAAGAAGCAAUUUGAUUAUGAAACCUCUUGUUUAUUUAAAUAUAUCUAUUAAAACUCUAUUAUUACAUGAUAUAUCAAUUUUUAAUACACCAGUAUAAAAGAAAAAUUUCUAAAUGAUUUAAAUUUUUGUGAUACUAACGAGGCAAAAAAUUGCUUCUUCCCAAGUUUAUAGAUCAUUGUAAAUAUGUAAUAAUGAUAAGACGCCACAUAUUAGGAUUACCAGUUAACUCAAGAUAAUCUGUACAUAGUUAAUUAUUUUUACGAAUGUCCGCUUAUAAUGUUAAAAGUUUGCGAAUAAUGCGUUAAAAAGUGCUAAAAAGUAAGUAAUAAUAGUAAUUAUUAACUUUGUUCAAUGUAUAAAUAAAAGCAAUCCUAUAAAAUGAAAA